GGACAUUCCUAGUGAUAACUAGAUUUCUUAUAUCUACCAGAUUUAUUAUAUCUUAUACAUCUACCAGAUUUAUUGCUUUACGUGUCAGCCUGUCAGCUACUGAGUUUGAAAGGAAUUGCAUGUAGAGUGUAAAAGAUGAAUAAAACCAAGGGUCCCCAGAUUAGUGGUUGAGAUAGACAAGACAAACACAGGGGCUGUGCUUGGGAGCACAGAAAGGAGGGACUCCUCCUCCAGCACUGGAGAAAGCUGUAUCCAAAAUGUGGCAUUUGCCUUGGGUCACAAAAGCCAUAGAGCAUUCAAGGAGAUAUAAAGAGGAUAGGCUGUUGAAAUCAAAGUGUAGUAUGUACAAAGUAAGGUACGUGGUGUGCUUUAAGGAAGGGUGGGAGAUGGGUCUUAAAAAGUCUGAUGUAGACUUUAUUUUCCAAGGUAAAUAGUUCUUAGCAGUGGAAUACCUAAUUCUGUUUUUAGUGUUUCAGGAUGAUUCUGAAGCCUCUUUAAAAGAAAUUAAAGGGUUCCACCUAAGAUAGUGCCAAAUAGGAAUCAGUCAACUCCAAAGGUAGUUGAAAGUUAUAUUCAUGUUGGAGGAAUAUUAAACAGUGGUAUCUGUUUUCUCUUGUUUCAGGUGUGUACUCAAAUUUGGGAUAACAGAUGUGAAAAUCAUUUACCAAAUAAUUUUUGAGUGUCUGCAGUAAAGUAUACAACAAUGCUGUAGGUACUUGAGAUACUUCCAUGACUAAAUUGCUCUUCUGGAAAUUAUAUUCUAACAGGGUUCAUAAAUGAUAAGUAAAUUGUAUGCUACUAAGAGUAUCCAGGGUGUAGAGGGAGAAGAGUUUGUGUUAUUAAUAGGAUGCUCAGAGUGAGCUGUACUGAAAAGGAAAUUUGAGAAAAUAUUUAAAGGUGGUGAAACAGUAGAGUUCUUGGAGAAGGAGUAUUCCAGAAAGGGAGAACAACUAGAACAGAAACCCUAAGGUAGAGAGCAGGCUUUGCAUGUUCCAGGAACAGGAUGGAGGCCAGAGCAGAGUGAGGUGGAGUCAGAAGGGAAAGGAAGAAGUGCAUGUUCCUGGGGCUUGUGAGCACUAGGACUCUCGCAUCAGUGAACUGGGGAGGCUUUGCAAGAUUCCCACCAUCAGUGAAGGGAGUCCUAUGUCAGACAAAGGUCAACGACUUUCUGAGAGGCUUUUAAACAGUGGGUUGAUAGGAUUAGACUCUGUGUUGGGAAUAGACUAGAGAUGAGGAAACUGGAUUUUGAUGAUGAAAGGCUGAUUGUCCCCAGGCUGCUCCUGAGAUACGCAUCUUAGUGUUGAGGUGAGUACCUCGAACAAAACUAGAUGUGACCUUGUGAAAAGAAAAUGCCUUCUGAUUUCAAAAUCCUGGAUAAACAGAGGCGACUGCUGGUCUGUCACUCAGGGAGGAGGAAGGAAGGUGCCAGAGGUCCUGUCCCCCAUCACCUCCACUGUCUUUGCCUUUGUAGGCCCAGCCUCUUAGAAGAUUUACAAGUGGAAGCUGGAUGCAGUGCUGCGCUCCUGGAAAUUCCACUGCUCUCAGGAAGCUGAGGCUGGAGGAUGGCAAGUUCAAGGCCAGCAUGGGCAACUUAAUGAGAUCCUGUCUCAAGGUAAAGACUAAAAAGAACUGGGAGAAAUGCUCCGUGGUAGAGUGCCCCUGUUUUCAAUCCUCAGUACAAAUGCCAACAAGCACAUGAAAAGAUGCCCAGGAAAGUGCAAGUCAGAAGCACAGUGAGAUCACUCCACAUCACUGGGAUGUCUUUAAUUUUACAAAAAAAAAAAAAAGUAUUGUUGAGUGUCCUGUUGAUUGAACAAUACACACACACACACUUCAUGUCCUUCCAGAAUUUCAGAAUGUGGUGUUUUUUGAAAUGAGGGAGAUCACUGAAGCUGAGGUUAUACUGGAUUAGGGUGGGCCCUAGGUCCACCAGCUGGUUCACAAUUAUAGAAAGGCCAUUUGAAACAGAGAUUAAGUUACCAGGAGUAACUAGAAGCUGGAAGAGGCAAGGAAAGAAUCUUCCCUGGGGGGUGAGAGACUCACUGCCCUGCCAGUGCCUGGAUUUUGGAUUCUAGUCUCCAGAACCAUAAGAGCAGGGGUGUGUAGUUUUGAACCUCCGGUACUCUGAUGUCUGGUAGGGCAGCCUGGGAAACCAAUACCCUGUGCGUGGCUGGUGUGAGUGUUCUGCUGUGGAAAACACUGUGGUGGUUCCUUAAAGAAAGUACCACCAGGUUCCCUCCUAGGGUAAAGAAUUGGAAACAGUUGUUCAGUCCAUAGCAGCACAAUUCACAAUGGCCAGCAGAUGGAAGGAACUCAAAUGUGCAUCCAAGGAAAAGAGGAAAUGCUAAGUGCGAUUGCCCGCAAGAGGGUCACUCCGCCAUGAAAGAGGAAUGAAGCCUUGGUCCAUACUGCAGUGUGGAUGAGCCUCAGAAACAGGCCAACUGCACUGGGCCAAGCACGGAGUGGCUGGGGCUGGACUUCAUCCAGAUGAGCUGAAUUUAAGGAUAUUUGUACAAGGGAGCAACUGUAACAAUUGACAAGUAGAAUUCAAAACAGGCAAGUAGAGAGUUGAUGUUACGGAGUAGGAGGUAAAAGGCGGAUGUGGUGCGGCAAAACCUCACCACACUGUGGGUCAGAGAACAAGAGUCUCGGGAGGGUUGAGGCUGGAGCCAUCAACCUCAACCUGGGGCUGCUCUGACGUAUUAUGGUGCUAUCUAGGAAUAUUGCUGACCAUAUCAUAAAUUUUUGUUAUAUAGAACUGAAAAUUCACAGAAGAAGCCUUGAAACUGAACGCAGAGAGUCGGUCAGGCUGUUCCAGCUUCCCUCCGAGUCCUGGGACGCCGCCAGCUGCUUCUGGGCUCAGCGCCUGCUGCCCUGGAGCCCCUCUCAGGGCACUCUCCAGGGGUGGGGCAGUGCCGGGGCCAGAUGUUGGCUUGUGAUGGCCUGCAGGGUAAUAAACAAAAGACAACAUGUGGGACUUCAACAACUGUCCUUAUUUGCAGAAACAGGAAGAACGUUCCUGGGCCCAGUGAAAUCAUCCAAAUUUGUUACAGGUGGGGACUGUCAUGAAAGUGUGUUGAUCAGCUCAACAGUAAGACUCCUUGAAAGCUUGGAUUUGACCAGCACAGUGGGGCAGCUUCUCUAUGAGGCAGUUCAAGCACAAAACAACACCUAUAGGACUGGCACCAGCACUCUCUUGUUUCUCGUUGGUGCGUGGAGCAGGGCUGCUGAAGAGUGCCUCCAUCUGGGUGUUCCUAUUCCCGUAAUCGCUGCAGUGAUGUCAGAAGGCUUGGACUCUUGCAGGGAAGAGGUAGCUUUCCUUCAAGUCCCAGUCCACAACGUAUUUGACUGUGUGCACAACUCAAGGACCAUUUCUGGACUUGAAACACCUCAUGUUGGUUCCUGUCCUUUCCUACAAGCCCCUUCAGGUGCUGGUGGGAUACCCAAAGAGCAUGAUUUCAAACAUGCUGCCUCUCAACUAUUGACCGUUUACAGUCUUUCUGGAAGACCUGUUAAACUGCCAGAAUUCUUCAACCUUCCAGUAAAGGUUGAAGCAGGUAAAGAGGCAUCACAGGGUCUGAAGAGCAGUGUGCACACAGACACCUGCUCUAGAAAGUCAGUACUGACCCACAGUAGGCAUUUUAACAGGACCAAUAAUAGUCUUUGGAUAAGCAAACAAGAUGGGUUUCUAGAACAGUACAGCGCAGCUACUCCCAAAACCUACAGAUGUUGUGAUUUGGUAGAGUUGGCAGUGGGUUUGAGCCAUGGAGAUCUUGGCACCAUGAAGUUGGUAGAAGCAGCAGUACAACUGCAGUAUCACAAGGCAUGUGUGCAACAAGGCAACUGUACAGUGCCAUUUAUGUUUGAUGUUUCUAGAGUCUUCACUUGCUGUCUCCCAGGCUUGCCCGAAACUUUGUCUUGUGUUUGUUCAGGGUAUGUCACUGUUGUACCAAUAGCUAGUAUAACCCUGAUCGAGGGAUUAGAGAAUCAGCCUCUCCGGGUAGUUCUCAUUGAGGGUGACCUUGUAGAGAGUUACCACCACCUGGGAUUUAAUGAGUCCACCAAUAUUAAAACAGUACUAGAUAGCGUGGAACUUCAAGGAGACAGCUCAGAAGAACUGUGGACAAAUUAUGUAUUACAGGUGUUGACCCAGUUCAACGUGAACCUCAUCCUGGUGCAGGGAAAUGUAUCUGAACCCUUGACUGAAAAGUGUGGGCACAAUAAGCGGCUGGUGGUGGGAUCUGUGGGCAGCAGCGUGAUGCAGGCUUUCGCUGAGGCUGUGGGAGCAGUGCCAGUGACCUACGUUUCCCAAGUGAAUGCAGACUGUGUGGGCAGUGGCGUCUCCGUGACCUUCUGGAGAACUCCCUUGGAGGUUGUAGGCAGGAGCAGCGGAAUGCCAAUCUUGUUAAAAACAGAAGGAAUUAAUCUGAUCACAGCGGUGCUCACUCACUCAGUCCCUGCACAGAUGCAAGCCAAAGAAGACAGGUUCUGGACCUGUGCAUAUCGUUUGCAUUAUGCUCUAGAAGACGAAAAGGUCUUCCUUGGAGGUGGAGCAGUUGAAUUUUUGUGUCUGAGUCAUCUUCAAAUUCUUGCUGAGCAGUCUCUGAGCAAAGGUGACCACCCCAGUCUGGGGUGGCUUCCUAACACUUCCUGCUGGCUGGCCUCCUCCCUGCCAGCAUACAGGCCAACUGUGCUUAAAUGCCUGGCAGGUGGGUGGCACAGAUACCUCUCGGCACUCAUGUGUAACUCAGCCACUUGCCCAUCAGAGCUUGCAGCCCGCACGUUCAUCGAGCAUCAUGUACAAAAUGCUACAGCCUCUGGCUCGCCGUCGGCUUACAUUUUAAAUGAAUAUAGUAAACUAAAUAGUGGAAUUUUUAAUGCAGGUUUUUCAGAUAAACUGGAGCAAGUUCCAAGAGUUUAUGACAUUGUCACACCAAAGAUGGAGGCAUGGCGCCGAGCCCUGGAUUUGGUAUUGUUGGUACUUAAGACAGACAGUGAAGUUAUCACUGGACUUGGACAUGCACAGAUGAACUCACAGGAAGUAGGGGGGCUUUUAUUCUUAUAGCAUUAUUGGAUAAGUCUUUGGAAAAUAAUCUUUUGUAAUAUACCAUGCAAAUAAUAAAUUUGUUAAUAAUCAA